UCCUUCCCUGUUCAUGCUCUUUAAUUAUCAGAGCAAUUACUUCAAACAAGAAGCCAUCUCAUUGUCAUUUAAUUUGCAGCAGAAACAAACAUGGAGAUGCUGCAUCCAGCAUCCAUGGCCAUGGAACUCAGGAUCACACCGAAUCUAGCACCAAAAUCUAUUCUUGCUCAAUCUUCUUUUGUCCUCAUCCUCAAUCUCCCAUGGCCUUUAAAUCUUUCUACGAGCCAAGCACGACGCAAUUCCUCCGAUGAGCAGCUCAUCCGGCAGCAAGAUCCGCCCGGCGCUCCUCAUCGUCAUCGUUGUCCUCGCCGUUGCGUUCUUUGUUUCCGGCCUCGUCCACGUCCUCCUUCGGUUUGUCUUCAGGAAGCGCCGCCGCUCUCCUCCGCCUCAGGACGGCAGCGGCAGCGGCAGCGGCGGCGGCGAGUCUUCGGUGCCUGAUCGACGGCUGCAGCAGCUGUUCCACCAGCACGACUCCGGGCUCGACCAGGCCUUCAUCGACGUGCUCCCGGUGUUCCUCUACGCCGACCUCGUUGCGGCCAAGGAGGAGCCUUUCGACUGCGCCGUCUGCCUCUGCGAGUUUGACGCCGGCGCCGGCGACGAGCUCCGCCUGUUGCCCGUCUGCGGGCACGCCUUCCACCUCGCCUGCAUUGACACGUGGCUGCUCUCCAACUCCACCUGCCCCCUCUGCCGCGGCUCCCUCUUCCCUCAGAGAUCUUCCAUCGAACACAUCGCAUUCAACUUCAACGACCGAACCCAAGACGACGAGGAGGCCGCCGGAGAGCCCCACGCAUCCGCCGUCGAAGAAACCGCCGCAGAGAAGGCGUUCCCGGUGAGGCUCGGCAAGUUCAGGAACUUGGGAGACGGACACGGAGACACCGAGGGCACCACCAAUGGCGACUCAAGCGGCAGAAUUGUGAUGAAGAAUUGGAGAUUCAAGGAAGGAGAGAGCAGCAGCAACAGCCGUCGCCUCAGCUUGGAUGCGAGGAGGUGCUUCUCGAUGGGGUCGUACCAGUACGUGGUGGCCGACGCCGAGCUCCACGUCGCCUUCAAGAACUGCUGCUCUUCCGCUAACAGGGGAAGGGAAGUGAUCGGCGCCGACGAGGCCGCGGAGGGGAAGCGACUCGGCGUCGCCUGCCGGCGGGAGAGCUUCUCCGUGUCAAAGAUCUGGUUAUGGAGUAACAAUAAAGAAAAGGCGCUUUAUUCCAACACGUCCGAUCUCGAAGCAAGCUCGCCAUGGAAGAAGAUAAAAGCGAAUUGGUGA